UUAGAAUUUAAGAAUUGAGAUGACGACUCCUACACUGUGUUCAAAUGGGAAUCAAAGAUCCAAUGCCAGAAAAACUUUAAAUAGCGGGAAAUUUCCUAGAACCCAUUUAGUAUUUAAAACUUUACUUUUAACUACGCUCUUGGUGAUGCACAUGUGUCAACAUGUCAAUAGUCAAGUACUGUUUUCUAGAAAUUGGUCUGGAGGCGGAGGCAAAAGAGCAUAUGUAGCGGAUAGGGAUACUUUUGAUUACAAUAAAGUGGCUGCUCAGCUAAAUAUGCCGGACUUGUUAAGCGACGAUAUAAAUGGGUGCAUUGCCGAUUCUAAUUCAAGAAUUAAGACCGAGAUCUCCUUACUAAUAGAAAAAGAAAAAGAAAGAUUGAAGGAAUGCCAAAAUGUGAUGACUAACAGGAUACAGGAUAUUUUACAAAAGACAGGAAAAUGACAUCAAAUAAAUUUUUCGUUACCAAAUUUCUUCUUUCAUCUUUUAAUCUCUUCACCUUCAAUCAUUUAAAAAUAAAAUUUUCACCUCCUUUUCAUUUCGAUAUUUCAAAAUCAUAUAAAUUUAUA